UCCAGAGCUGCCCUGUGCUCUGUUACCUUCACUGGAGUCCAUUGUCAUUUUCAUCUAUUUGGCCCAGUCUGGAGUACUACUUGAAUCAUGCACGCUAAAGGAAAUCCAUGCAGCUGCUGCUCGUUUGAUGACUACAAGUGUACAGCUGAAUGGCUCCUCAACAAGACCAGGCACAGGCCUAAAAUUGCUGUUAUCUGUGGAUCCGGGUUGGGGCGUCUUGCUGAUUCAGUCUCAAACAAGCAAACAUUUCGUUAUGAGGACAUUCCUAACUUUCCUGUGAGCACAGUGCCUGGGCUUGAAGGAUGUCUGGUGUUUGGGGAUUUGAAGGAAAAGUCAUGCGUCUUCAUGCAAAGCAGAUUCCACUUGUAUGAAGGAUAUUCACUUUGUAAGGUGACUUUCCCGGUGAGAAUAUUUAAGCUGUUGGGGGUAGAGACUAUAAUUGUUACAAAUGCUUCUGGGGGCCUGUGUAAGGACUUCAAAGCAGGAGACAUCAUGAUCAUCAAAGACCACAUCAACCUGCCUGGCUUUGCUGGCCAGCACCCACUAUGUGGUCCCAAUGAUGAACGGUUUGGAAUCCGUUUCCCUUGCAUGUCUGAUGCCUACAAUAAAGACCUGCGGAAGCUUGCGCUUGACAUCAGUGCACAGCUCGGCUACUCAGACUUUGUUCGAGAAGGUGUGUACUGCAUGGUCAGUGGACCCAACUUUGAGACCAUAGCUGAGGCCCGCAUGCUGCACAUCCUUGGAAGUGACUCUGUAGGGAUGAGCACAAUUCCAGAAGUCACUGUAGCGAAACACUGUGGUUUACGUGUGCUCGGACUUUCACUCAUCACCAACAAAGUAUCGCUGGACUACAGCAGGGAAGAGAAGGUUAACCACGAGGAAGUCCUUGAGAUGUGCAAGAUGAGGGCUGAAAUGUUUCAGAAUCUGGUCAACACCAUAAUAGCCAAAUGCGAUCAGGUUGAUGGUAUAAACAGCAACUAAAACCAUAGGGCUUGAAAGAAAUUAUCUUAAACUAUGUGGUGGCUACAAUUCACUGCAGCAAAGAUCUGUAAAUAUUUGCUAGACCAGUAAAACCUGGUAGGGGAAGACCCUUAUAUAAGUUGUUGUAUCAAGCUCUUAAUAUUGCCAUCAUUGGUCUAUACAAGGGAGUCCAUCAUGGGAUAACAAAGGCUUUCCCCCAAACACUUAAUCACAGCUAACAAAAUAGUUCCUUAAAUGUACUCUGCCAUGAACAUCCAUUCAUUGUAUGAGUUUCAAAUGUGCAAUCAUGUAUUUUCAUUUUAAAACUGGUCAAGGUUAAAGAAAGCCAUGCUAUUUGAUUGUCUUGCACUUCCUAGGUAAUUUCACCUGGAGAGUGAAAUUAUUCCCACUCCUUCAUUGGCUUCACCCCAGUCAAUAACCAAUCAGCUGCUUCCCCUAAUGACUGACAUGCUUUGAACCAGUAACAUGCUUUGACCCAGAAUACACUGGACGGCAAGGCAAGGCAAGCGACUUGGAACUUUCUUUAAUAUGGUGUAUGUAGUACCAGCUGUCUCUUUUAAAAUGAAAACACAUGUUUACUAUAACAUGUGUUUCUUUCAAAACUGCACUGCCCACUUAUAUAGUUAAUGUUAGUGCAAAACGGGUAAGAUUUGGGGAAAUAUUUUGUUAGCUACAAUUACAUUAAUAGCUCUUGCCAGUUGUGUUUUUUCUAUGCUAUCUUACUUAAAUAGGUUGUGUGUGGGGGGGAUAGGGAUCCAAAUGAUCUACUGUAAACUUUUGAACCACUGUGUAAAUGCAUAAAUACAGUAUAUAACAGAAAAGGAGUAUUUAUACAUCAAGCCCAAUUCUGCAUGUGCUGGAAUCCAAGCAUGAGGUACUGUAAUUAAAAAUGAUAUUGGAUAUGUCCUUUGGACAACUUGUUAAAUGAUCGACUACUUUUGCACAUUUAGAUUGAUAGCUACCUUAUUGAUUGACUAAAUAUGCACGUGUGGAAUGCUAGUUACUUGUUUGAUUCAUAUAAAGACAAAGGAACACCCA